AUGAUGCCGCCCUCGACUUCUCCUGCAGGUGAGGCGGCGGGAGCGGCCAUCGAUAUGGCCUUUGCAUCCCUGCAGGUGUUGACUGGUGAUGCUGGACUCUCGCCAGCCCUGACGGAGAAGUUUACGCAGUUGAUCGAGGAGUGUGCGAGGCACAGGGCUGCAGCAGAUGUUGUCACAUCGGCAGCAGAAGGACAGCUGCGGGCCCAGCAAAACCAGUCUGCCUCGGAGCAGCCUAGCCCCACGACUGAGCAGGCAGCCCAGCAAAACAAGUCUGCUUCGGCUCAGCCUCGCCCCUCCACCGAGCCGGCACAGCAGGGCCAGGUGGCCGAAGCCCAGCAGAGCCAGGAGGCUGAGGACCAUGGAAGAAACCAGGCUGCCAAGAUGGAUGAGAAGGCCGGCCAGUCGGCCCAACCCCCUCGUGAAGGAGAGGGCGAGGUGCAGUCGAUCACAACAACAUCGCCAUCACCGUCGCCGGAGAAGGAAGCCAAUGAUACGAGCCACCGAAACGGUGGCACAGCAGCGAAUGCUGCCAGCCUGGAGAAGAUCAACUCGCAGACACAUCCGGAGGCGUGGGGAUCCCUCUACAGCAGGUAUGUCAAUGGGAAGUCCAGCAGGGGCAAGGAUCCGGAAGUGCGGGCAGAGAUCUUACAGAAGUGGAAGACAG